AUGAAAAGCAAGGAUUAUAGAAUUAUCCAGAAUUCAUCGCAAUUAACCCUUAAUUCUCUUACAGCCCCUUAUCACCAUUUAGGUAAGGGAUGCUAAUUUAAUUUUAAUGAAUUGGACCCCCAAUUAUAAAAUGAAUUGUAGUUAGAUGGAUCAAAAUAUGUUAUCUGUCCUGUAUGCCAUAUUAAGGGACAACUUUAAUCAGAUGUGGCUUACUUGUAAAUUGAAUUAAAAGAUGACUAAACUUAGUUUGUUAUUGACAAAUCCACUCAAUAGAUUUUAAGGAUGAAGAAAUCAAGUUUCACUCAUUCGUUAAUUAGCUAGUAAGAGGAUGUAUUGAAAUUAUAAGAGACAUUCAAUUUAAAGAUCCUCAAAAGCGAUAAAUUAUCCUUGGAAUUCAUUGAGAAAUUGAAUACAGAUGUAAAAAGUGUCUAUAAAUUAGAGAAAUAAUUAAUUCUUUCAAAUCUAUCUAAAAAGCUUCCAAAAUACAAAUCCUACUUCAAUAGGAAUUAUUAAUUUUAAACUAAUUCUAUUUUAUCACCAUUUAAAAUUAAAAUUUGAAUUUGAUAUCUAUGAUAAUACUGAUAGCAAAAAUUGCAUUAAGAUGGAAAGUAAAUAUUGUGACUAAGUGAAAAUAAUCUAAGUCACUUUGAUCAAUAAUUUCAUUUAUUUGAUUAUUUAAUAAGAAAACCUAUCCUAAUUAUAUAGAGGAAGCCUUCAAUAAAUUUCAAACGAAAAAGAGCCCAUAUUUUAUAUUGCAGAAAUGCCUGGAUAUACAUUAUAUGGAGAGUCGAGAUUAUUCUAAUAUCAAAGAAACCAAUUGAUGAUUGGAAGUAUGCAUAUCCUAUUAUUGUUAUCAUAGAUUACGGCUCGAUAGUUGUCGAAGACUAAAUAAAUGAGAAUGUUGAAAUGAAUCACAAGAUUAAAAUUUCAGAUUUAAAUGCAUCCUCCCAAAUAGGCUAAAUAUUUGAUUCUUAAAUCGUGCAUGUAGAUUUAAGUUACACUACCAUUUAAGGGAAUGGUUACUUUGCUGAGUUAAAUAUUUCAGGACCUUAAAUCAAAGAAAUAAGGAAUUUUAGUUUCAAUGUUAGUAAUAACAAAGAUAUUGAUUUCUCUUUGGUUCAUGAUAAUUUUUUCUAUCUACUUAAUAGUGAGAGAUUGAAUAAAAAAAGUGCGUAAGUCAGGUACUUUUUGCCAGGCACAGACAACAAUCCAUUGUUGACUACAUUUGAUAUUAUUAAUCACCAUAGUUAUUUGAAAGUAAGAAUCAUACCCACGACGAAAUAGAAAGUUGGGAAUGUUAGCUGUGCUUUGGUGGGGUUAAUGUUCCAAAACAGUUAAACUACUUUUCCAGGUGUAUUGGUGUUUAAUGAUAAGGAUAAAAAAAUUGAGAUUGAGCUUAUUUGA